CUAGAAAAUGCCAUCUAUAAUUGAAAAUGUUGGUGAUAUCAGAAGCAGUGUGGUCACAGAAGUACCCGCUGGGACAACAGUGGUCCUGAAUUGUGACAGCAAUGACUAUAACCAUAAUUUUAUGUUCUGGCUAUUUGACAAGAACAAAGUUAUUGGACCAGGGAAUGAUUAUGACGAGAGAAAAUAUAAAUAUGAAGUUUUAUCAGGAAAAUUGCAUAUUGAUAGUGUGUCACCUACCGAGUCUGGAUAUUACAAAUGUGUGUCUAAAAACCUAGAUGGCUCUGGCAUCACAGUGGGAGAAGUCGAAAUGAUAGUCAAGGGUUCUUCUUUCACUACAAUGGAUGCUAUAAAGUUGACGGCCAUAAUUAUGUCUAUUCUCGUAUUAAUUGUAUGCGCAGUUAUUUACAGCAGACUAAGGAAGGAAUGGAACAAGUAUGAUGGACGCACCGUUGUACCAGUGGAAGAAGAUGAGGAGGAAGGUGAUGAAAUUUAUAACAAAACUACAACAGCUAUAAGUCAACCAGUCCCUGGACCAAGCAGGAACCCAUCAUCAGAACAUCUCUUAUAUGGUAUUGAUAAUCAAGGUUUAGAUACAGAUUUUAAUUCAGUCUUUGAAAACAUUCAAAUAAAAUCACCAAGUGCUAGCCUAAUUUAGUAAAGCAACAGUAAUGAAAUGCUGGCAUUCAAUUAUUUAUUUAUGAAAAGCUUUUGAGUUUAAAUAUUAUAAUAUAGAUAAGUGUAGUUAAAUAAUGUAGGUGUAGUUGUAAGUAGUACUGUCUUGUAUUCUAGACAAUUAAAAUAACUUCUAACAAAUGUGUUAUUAGAAUAUAAUGGUCAGAUUUAUAAAAUAUUUAGAGCUUUUGUACUUAAGUAUAUGUGAAAUAAAAUAUUUUUUUGUAAUAA